CGCCGGUGCUUGGGCCAAAAAAACAAAUAUCUGGCUGGCAUUGGGCUGAAGAUAUUUAUCAGCUCCGUCCGACGUGGCAACUAGUCACACGUGUAAAAGCGCUUCCAUGUGGAACCUUUUACUUCAUUUUCUAUUUCACCGCCUCUCUCUCUUCUCUCUCUCUCUCUAUAAGGAGAUUUUCUUUGCCAAGGGUUUUAUUUCCAUUUUUUUUAUUAUUUUUGUUCAGAUAUUUUCGUUAAGCAUUUCGAUAUACUGCCGAUGGAGGAUUGUUGCCUGCCGGGAACGCCGCAUCCGCCGUCGGCGGCGGAGAUAGUUUGCGACCAUGAGUUGACUCGGUCGAACUCGGACGCGUCAUCUUUGACUGCUGAGAAUUGCCAAGAUAUUUUUCGACGCUCAGAGAAUGAGACUGCGCCGCCGGUUGACCGCACAGCAUGGACAGAUGAGAAACACAAUUUGUAUCUACAUCGUUUGGAAGCAUCAUUUGUUAAACAGCUGCACCAGACAAAACGUUUGCUUGCAAAAUGCUCAGAGCAAAAUCUGAUACACAUUAAUGUAUCUCGGAAACGCUCGAUUAAUGUGAACGGUGCCUCUGAGAAGUUCAAUAUUCUCCGGAAUUGCUGUUCGCAAAAGACUGACUGUGUAAGGGGUGAUACCUACACUUCUCUUAAGAGUAAAGGGUUGAAUAAUUGCAAAGAGUUUCUGAAGCUUCGCGGUACAGUGAAGAACGGGAAAAAGAUAAAUUCUCAUGGCUUAGCAACAUGUUCAAAGGAACUUUCUUCCAAGAGCCCACACCACAUGGUUUUAUUUGACCUAAAUAAAGAGGGAACAGGUCAGAAUUUUUUGUAUGAUGACAAUCGAAGUACAUCAAAUAUCGAGUCUCGGGCGAAACGAUUGAAGACAGCUUUAGCAGAUAGUUCAAGUCAGGAUCAAAUUGUUCCUUCCGGUGGAUCUCCUACAGACGAUUCAGUGAUAAAUAGUCCCACCCUCGGAGAAGAAACUAACACCUCAUGAGUAUGUUUGAAAAUUUAAGAGAGCUUUGUUUGUCCUUCAACUUGAAAUUCUUUUCGACACGGGUGCUGCUGCAAGACUUCUUUUGACAAAUAACAAGAACGACUUUAACGAAUACGAGCCUUUUAAUUUCUUCUGCCAGUGACUAGUGAUCGAAAGAACAGUUACAAAGCCAGAUUUAGGUGACGUAAAUUUGAUUUUUUUUCUUUCUUCUGGAAAUAUGGAUUUCUGUAUGGUUUCGGGUCAUAGUAGGAAAGUAAAUUUCAUUUUUUUUGUAGAUGUAAACGUAGAACAUAUAUAUCUCUUUUAUGGCUAAAUUUAGGUUCCGAUUUUAAAUGUUUGGGGGUUAUUUUGUAGUUAAGUGCUGGGGGUUUGUGGAUUGCCUACUCCAAACGCAUUUAUUUUCGUCUAAUCUGUAUCGAUAAUCGGAUAUCUGUUUGAGUAAUCUAGGUUUAAAUUAUAAAAACCACCUUGUUUGGAAUCUAGUAUUGUUCUUCACAUUGUAAUCAUUUUAGUUAGGUGACAAAGAAUGAGGUAUCACGUGUUAGGUUAAACCUCCUUUUUUCUGUUUAUGUAAUUAUCCAUCCUAAAGCUAAUUUUAUACCA